AUGGGGGCCAAGCAGACCAAAGGCCAGGAGCCCGGGGGGGCCAGCCCUCAGCACAGCUGGAAGCGAACACCCACCAAGGAGAGGAGCGACAUCUUGGCCUCCCUCAUGCUGAAGUCCGGGGACCGGCUGAACCGUGGUGGGACGCCGCCGCCCUACCAGCGCCGCAUCGGGAUGAUCCAGGAGAUGAUGCUGAUGGCCAAGCAAGGGAAGCAGGACGAGGCGACAGAGAUGCUCAAGACGCUCCGACAGGACCUGGGCAUGGAGUCAACCUCCCUGGAUGACGUGUUGUACCGCUACGCCAGCUUCAGGAACCUGGUUGACCCCAUCACGCACGACCUGAUUAUCAGCUUGGCACGAUAUGUCCACUGCCCCAAGACGGAGGGCGACUCUCUCGGGGCGAUGGAGAAGGUUUGUCGUCAGCUGACCUACCAUCUCAGCCCGCACUCUCAGUGGAGGAGACAGGGCCUGCUGAAGAGGAAACCUCAGGCCUGUUUGAAGGCGGUGCUGUCGGCGCCUCCGUCCAGCGGGGCGUUGGAUCUGUCCGGUAUCCCUCUGGUGGCUCGGGACAUGGAGCGUCUGUGUGCGCACCUUCAGCGUCACGCGUCCAUCGUGGUCAGCCUGGAGCUGGGCUUCACUGAGCUGACGGACGAGGCGUUCCUGCUGCUCCUGCCCACGCUGGCCGCCCUGCCGCACCUGGAGACCCUGGCGCUGAACGGAAACAGGCUGACCAGAGCUGUUCUGAAGGAGCUGACCGACGCCCUGAAGGAUCCGUGCAGUUUUCCCAGCGUGACGUGGAUCGACCUGGGCAACAACGUGGACAUCUUCUCCCUGCCGCAGCCCUUCCUGGUCAGCCUGAGGAAGCGCUGUCCCAAGCAAGGCAACCUGCCCACCAUCCUGGAGUUCGGAGAGAGUCAAGCCAGCGACGUCCCGGAGAGGCUGAGGGGCAUCGGGGAAGAGGAGGAGACGGACGACACCAACCGGACUGAGAGCAUGGGAGAGCUCCGCUCGGAGGUGGAGGAGGAGCUGGACGGAGAGAUGGAGAUCGAGGAGAUGAUGGAGGAGCUGCUGGACUUUGACCGAGAGGUGCAGGGGAAGGAGGACGAGGACGAGAGCAUGUGGACGGUGGAGGAGCAGAGGAAAGGGGAGAGGAGGAGGCGACGGAGAGGGGAUGAAGACAAGGAGGCGGGGAAAGAGGUGCGGGGCAAAGAGCAGCGGCAGGCGAGGAGGGCGGUGAUCGCGGACGACGACGACGACACGCACAGCCUCUCCUCCCACCUGUCCUGCUCCAGCCAGUCGCAGCACUCCUCCGGGGCCGUGGAGCCGAUGAGAGUGGAGGAGGACGACUUAGAGGAGGACCACUUGACCUGAUUGCUGCUCCCUGCUCUGCUUCUGUUUCCCCUCCUGUGUCGAGUCCCGUGUGGAAGGAGGCGAGAGAGUCUCCUGCAGAGGAAAACUGAGCGCUCAAAGUCAAAGCGGCUGCAGGACGUAAUCCAUACGAACACUGGACGCUCCGUCCUCUGAUCUGAUUUGGGACCAGCCACCGC